UGAUGUCUCUAUAAAUAAACCAACGGCAAACGCGUCCUGGUUAGAAUUAUAAACGCUGACUAUAAGUUUGUUUUCGUGUUUGAACUUCUGUUUAACAUUUUGCUUUGAGUUUGUAGUUUUGUUAUUUAUAUAUAAGGCUGUUUUGUUUACAUUUGGAGUCGGAGUCACUGUCCUAUUUUACAAAUCCUCUACUUUCACCGUUUUUUUUAAAGGGCGCAAAUUACAGACAUGUUUCCUGAGAGUCACACCGGGUACAGCUAUGAGGAUUGCAGGGCUACAGCUGACUGGCUGCUGGCUCAGACUGCAGUGCGCCCAGUGGUGGGCAUCGUUUGUGGCUCGGGUCUGGGUGGAUUGGCAGACAUGCUGAAAGAUCAGGUGGUCUUCAACUACAGAGACAUUCCCAACUUCCCCCAGAGUACAGUGCAUGGACACGCUGGACGGCUUGUGUUUGGGACUCUGAAAGGGAGGCCAUGUGUCUGCAUGCAAGGCCGUUUCCAUCUCUAUGAGGGAUACCCCAUCCAAAAGAUCACUCUGCCCAUGCGGAUAUUUAAGCUGCUCGGUGUAGAGACGGUGAUCCUGACCAAUGCUGCAGGAGGCCUCAAUCAGGACUUCAAGGUGGGAGACAUCAUGAUCAUCAAAGACCAUCUGAACAUGCCUGGAUUCGCCGGCAACAACCCACUGAUAGGACCUAAUGACGAAAGGUUCGGUGUGCGUUUUCCCUGCAUGUCUGACGCGUAUGACCGCGAGCUGCAGCAGCUGGCCAUGGACGUGGGCAUUGAGUUGGGUUACGGUGAUUUCCUCAGGGAAGGGGUCUACUGUGUGCUCGGGGGACCCUCGUUCGAGACCAUCGCUGAGUGUCGCAUGCUGCACAAACUGGGAGCUGAUGCUGUUGGAAUGAGCACGGUUCACGAAGUGAUCGUGGCACGUCACUGUGGAAUGCGCGUCUUUGCUCUGUCUCUGAUAACCAAUCGGGCUGUGAUGGAUUACGACAGCGAGGAGAAAGCCAACCAUGAGGAAGUUCUUGAGACGGGCAAACAGAGGGCAGAGCAGCUGGAGAGGAUGGUGUCCACCAUGGUCACGCGCAUUGGGCACAAUAACUAUUCCUAAACAAAACUUGAAUCCGAGACCACUGAAAAGCAAAGCUGAGCUUGAACACAAUCAUUUUCAGCACUGUGAUACAUUCAACGCAUCCAAACUGAGCCAUCAUACUUAUGUUUAGUGCUGUGCUGCAUGUUUGUGUGUUUCUAUACUGUAGGUGCAAUGUUCAGUGCAUUUCCUGUUUUCCUUUUUCUUUCUUAAUUCUCCCGAAGUGCACGGUUAUCAUUCAUAUUUAUUAGUGAACACCUUUAGUCAUGUACAUUCCUUUAGAUUAGAAAACACAACCUGUCAUUGUAGCUAUGUAAAAAUGUAUCUUAAACCAUUAAUGAUUAUGUACAUGUCCUAAUUAUUAAAAUUUUAAGUAAACUGUUGAUUGCUUUAUGAAAGCCCUAUGCUGUACAGUAGAUGUAUAGAUUGUUCGUGUGUCCCUUUUUCUAACGUUGUAUAUUUAUUAUUAUAUGCUUCAGUCAUGUUUAUUGUGUUUUUUGCAUUAAAGAGAACUGGCAUGAAACAA